GUGGAAUUGCUUUAUCCUCGUCGUGGCUGGGUUGAGUUAGAUCCUGAAGUGCUGUGGAGUCAGUUUGUUGGUGUAAUAAAAGAGGCUGUGCAAGCUGCGGGACUUCACAUGAGGCAAAUUGCUGGUCUUGGCAUCUCAACGCAGAGAGGAACUUUCAUUACAUGGCACAAGAGGACAGGGAAGCCUUUUCAUAAUUUCAUAAGUUGGCAAGACUUAAGAAGUGCUGAACUUGUGAAUUCGUGGAAUAAGUCCCUUCUGCUGAAGGUAAUCCAUGUUAUUUUUACAGUGCUUCAUUUCUUAACUGGGAAUGAUCGAUAUUUGGUACCAAGUUUUCUUACUUUUUCAACACAACAAACUUCUAUGAAGCUGUCAUGGGUUUUUAAAAACAUACAUGAGGCUGAAGAAGCUGCCAAAAAAAAUAACUGCUGCUUUGGAACAGUUGACACGUGGUUACUGUAUAGGUUGACUAAAGGUUCUGUGUAUGCUACAGAUUACUCAAAUGCCAGUGCUACAGGCGUUUUUGAACCCUUUAUGAAAUCUUGGAACCCCACUCUGUGCAAUUUACUUUCCAUUCCAAUGUCUAUUUAUCCUCCAGUGAAAGACACAAGCUUCAACUUUGGAUCAGCUGACUCUGAAAUAUUUGGGGUACCUAUUCCAAUAAUGGCAGUGGUAGCUGACCAGCAGUCAGCCAUGUUUGGAGAAUGCUGCUUUCACCCAGGAGAUGUUAAACUGACAAUGGGAACAGGUGGGUUUUGGAAUGUGAAUACUGGAGAGCAUCUCUUUGCAUCACGGAAAGGUCUGUAUCCACUGAUUGGUUGGAAGAUUGGGGAAGAAGUUGUUUACUUAACUGAAGGCGGUUUGUCAGAUGUUGGUACUGCCAUAAAAUGGGCUCAGGAUAUAAAUCUUUUCACCAAUGUAGAUGAAACAGAAAAAAUGGCACGGAGUAUUGUUGAUUCUCAAGGCGUUUGUUUUGUUCCAGAUUUUCAGGUUUCUGUGAAUGACCCCUAUUUAUGUGCCUCUUUCAUGGGGCUGAAACCUUCCACUACCAGAAACCAUCUUGUACGAGCCAUAUUGGAAUCUGUAGCUUUCAGAAACAAACUGCUUUAUGAUAUCAUUGUGAAGAACAUACGCAUUCCUCUUCAAACUAUUCGAGCUGAUGGAGGUGUCAGUAAUAAUAGUUUUGUCAUGCAGAUGACUUCAGAUUUAAUUAAUAAGAAAAUAGAAAAACCUGUGAAUGCAGACAUGUCUAGUCUUGGUGCAGCUUUUCUAGCAGGCCUUGCUUCAGGAUUUUGGACUGACAAAGAACAACUAAAGAAGCUAAGGCGAAUAGAAGCAGUUUUUGAGCCUCAGAAGGACUCGGAGGAAUACAAACCUGCUAUGGACACCUGGCUACAAGCAAUGAAACACUCCCUGCACUGGUAG